AUGGCCGAGUUAGCCGAUCAGAAGGGAUUGUCAGAAUCCAGUCAAAAAGAGGCUGGCCAUAAGAUAAUGAUGGAGGGGACCGGGGAACAUCGGGAGCGCGGUGAAGAUGCCGCCGCUGGGUCUGGAGACCACCGGGAGCGCGGUGAAGAAACCGCCGCUGGGCUCAGCGGAGAAGGGGGGAAAGGUGAAGAUGUUGCUGCUGGGUUGGGGGAAGACGGGGAAAAAGGUGGAGAAACUGAUGAGGACUCAGACCCAGAACGUCCAAAAGGACUUAUCGGUUAUCUUUUAGAUACAGACUUUGUUGAAAGUCUGCCAGUGAAAGUUAAGUAUCGUGUGUUAGCCCUUAAAAAACUUCAAACUAGAGCGGCCAAUUUAGAAUCCAAAUUCUUGAGGGAAUUUCAUGACACUGAAAGAAAGUUUGCUGAAAUGUAUCAACCCUUAUUGGAGAAAAGACGUCAGAUCAUCAAUGCGAUCUAUGAACCCACAGAAGAGGAAUGUGAAUAUAAGUCAGACUCGGAGGACUAUGAUAACGAGGACAUGUAUGAUGAGGAUGAGAUGUAUGGUAAUGAGGAGGGUAUGGUACAUGAGUACGCGGGUGAGGAUGGUGGUUAUGAGGACUAUUAUUAUGAUUAUGCUGUGGAGGAAGAGGAGGAGGACGACGACAACGACACGGAGGCUACUGGAGAAGAGAAUAAAGAAGAGGAUCCUGAGGGAAUUCCUGAUUUUUGGCUGACUGUUUUAAAAAACGUUGACACACUCACUCCUUUGAUUAAGAAAUACGAUGAGCCUAUUCUGAAGCUCCUGACAGAUGUUAAAGUGAGGCUUUCAGAUCCUGACGAGCCUCUUUUCACACUAGAAUUUCACUUCGAACCCAAUGAAUAUUUCAAAAAUGAGCUGUUGACAAAGACCUAUGUGCUGAAGUCAAGUUUAGGACAUUAUGAUCCCCAUCCUUAUAGGGGAACUGCGAUUGAAUAUUCCACAGGCUGUGAGAUAGAUUGGAAUGAAGCAAAGAAUGUCACUUUGAAAACCAUCAAGAAGCAUCAGAAGCAUCGAAUCUGGGGAACAAUCCUAACUGUGACUGAAGAUUUUCCCAAGGAUUCAUUCUUCAAUUUCUUCUCUCCACGUGGAAUCAGCUCAAAUGGAAGACACAGAAAUGAUGAUUUUUUACUUGGUCACAAUUUACGUACUUACAUAAUCCCAAGAUUGGUAUUAUUUUUCUCAGGUGAUGCACUUGAAUUUCAGCAGGAGGGGGUAGUUAGAGAAGUUAAUGAUGCAAUUUAUGACAAAAUUAUUUACGAUAAUUGGAUGGCUGCAGUUGAGGAGGUUAAAGCCUGUUACAAAAAUCUUGAGGCAUUGGUAGAAGACAUUGAUCGCUAA